AUGUCCAGAUUGGACGAUCCAGAGAUAGUAGGUCACUACCAAUGCGACACAUGGGGACUUGAUCGAUCUUUGGGAUCUUUCAUCGAGUCUUUCCUAGCCGACAAACAACAGAAGCACAAAGACCAACGAGUCAGUGUCGAGGCUUACUCUGAUGUUGGGUUGAUUUUGAUCCAUGUAAAAUCAACCGACAGGGAGAAGGGAGUCAUCUACGUGGCUAACCCCGUUUCACGGGAAUGCGUAGAAAUAUUAAUUCUUGAUCCUCUUCCUAAAGGAUUUGGAACUAAUAAAUAUCUCUCCAUGUGGCAAUGGGGGACUUGUCACACGAACCGAGAACGGUGUCCUUUUGGGUUACAAAGUUAUUCUCAUUGA